GACUAUUUGGAAGCGGAGCGAAGGGCAGCCGAGCUGGAGAGGCUGACGACCUCGUCCGACCAGAACCCCCAGACCCUGCGACAGACGACGAACGACCUCACUCACGUCCUCACCUUCGCCCUCCAGGACCAAAGGGUGAGCCAUCCCUCGAGUCCCCCCGGUCGAACGACCUUCGCGUCCCCUCGCGUCCGCUCGCAACGUCCGCCUUCGUCCCGACAGAUCGCAGAGGAGAUGAUGACCGCCAUCAGCAAUUUGCUCGGCGCAAACGUCUCCGUGUUGGAGGAGUCCGACCCGAACGGCGAGGCCGCCCAGGCGAUCUAUGACGUCAUCAACAGCUUCACCAACGACGUCCCGCUCGAGCCAGGCUCCACCGUCGCCAUCCGGACGGAGAAUCUCUUCGUGCAAGCGGAGGAGAUCGACCCGAGGCAGGUCGACCGCCAGGCCCUCGUCUUCUCGCCUGGGUCCCAUCAGAGGGAGAUCAAUUCCUCGCGUUUGUCGUGGGAGCCAAGGCUGGAGUUCCCAGAGGAGAUCCUGAAAAUGGCGUCGGCGGCCCUGGGACGGAACGAGUCCCUGCGCCUUCAGUUCGCCGCCUUCGAGAACGACAAGCUGUUCGCGCGGCGUGGGGACGGGAAGCAGGGGAGGAGGCGGAGGGUCGUCGCUGCGUCCAUAAGGGGGGUCCGCGUCCAGAAUCUCACGGAUCCGGUCGUCUACACCCUCCCGAAUCCUUGGCCCGGACGCAAGGUCCUCUGCAUCUACUGGAAGGAAGAAGUAAUUGCUAUUAUUCUGUGGGGAGGUUAA